AUGGCUUCCCACCCUGAGCUGCUGCCCUGGGAGCCCCUGGGGCGUCUGUACUCCAUGAGGAUCUGGCAGCCCUUGCAGCAGGUGCACCAGGCAGGGACAGAGCUGCUCUGGUGGUACCUGGUCUGUGCCCAGCCACACUUCAAGGCAAGAAUUUGGCUCUGGGAUCAGCCCUGCAAGACCCACAGACUGGUAGAGGUUGAUGAGCUGAUCACCUCUGCUCUCUCCUCAGCCAGCCAUAGGGAAAAGCUGGCACUGGCCUUGCAGAAGGAAGGCUACAUUCCCAAACUCUUAAAGCUUUUCCAAAUCUGCAAGGGGUUACAGCUCAGACAGGCCUUGCAGCAUUUGUCAGCCAUUAUGCAAGGAAUUCUGCGGCUUGACCAAGCAGCUCUGCUGGAGGUGAUACUGUUCCAGGAGUGUAUCAUGGAUGUGGUCAAAUUCCUUGAGUAUGGCCCCUCUUUGGCACAGCCCAAAUGGCACCUGCAGCUCCUGCAGCGAACAACCAAGCUGAAGGAGCUUCUUCCCAUGCGAGACCCUGAGCUCCGGCAAAAAUUCCACCAGAUCUACUGGGCACAGUAUAUUAAGGCUGUCAUCUUGCCCAAGGCAGCUGGGCUGGGAGAGGGUUCUCUGCCCAGCCUCACCUCCUUCAUCAGCUGCAAAAAAGAGAUCUUCCAUGUCUUGGAGAAAGACCAGAAAUUUUGGUCAGAAGUUCUGGCCCAGUUAGCAGAUGGAGCUACAGGUGACCACCAGCGAUGGGAACUGGUGAACUUUCUGAAGGACUUCUGUGCCUUUUCCCUCAUGUUUCACCAGAAGGGAGGGGCAUUUUUACAAAGCUUGGCCAAGCUGGGACUUCUUCCUGCUCUUGAAAUUCUGCUGGGAAUGGAUGAUCUGCAAGUGGCAUCUGCUGCCACAGAUAUCUUGUCUUAUCUUGUCGACUUUUGUCCAUUCCUGGUCCAAGAAUUUGUCAUGCAAGAGGCCCAGCAAAGGGACCAUGGUACCGACCUCAUCUGUGCGCUCAUGCAGCAGAUGUUAUGCCAUCAUGCUAUUGCAUUUGGAAGAGCUGAUCAGGUCAUGGAGCUGUUGCAGACUCUGCUUGAUCCAGAGAAUCUGCUGACCACAGCUGAGCAUCCAAACAGUCCACUAAAACCAUGUCAGCAAGUGCAGGAGCACUUGAGCUGGGUGGAUGGCACAGGACAUUCCUUUUUUUUUUCUUUGUUGCUCAUUGAAGGCAUUACUUUUCCCGUAGAUGAUUAUCAAACGGCACAACUCCUACUCUUAAUUUUGGAGCUGUUGAGUUUUUGUGUACAGCACAAGGAGCACAUAAGGGGUUACAUCCUCCACUGGGAUUUGCUAAGAAGAGUCAUGCUCUUGAUCAAUUCCCAACACACAUUUCUGGCCUUGAAUGUUCUGCACUUCCUGAGGAAGAUCGUUGCCCUGAAGGAUGAGCUUUAUACCCGUUCCAUCACUCAGGGAAACCUCUUGGCACCCCUUGUGCAGGAUCUGCUGGACGGUGGAGCUACAUCCAACCUGCUCCACUGGGCUGUGCUGGAGCUCUUUGAAUUCCUCAGACUGGAAGACUGUAAGUCCCUGGUUGCCCACGUCAUUGAGAACUUCUAUCCUGUACUGGAGUGCAUCACCUACGUGCAGACAUUCCAGGGAUUGGAAAGGAAAUAUGAGAGAGACAAGCACCAACAAAUGCAGAGUGUGCACAGGUAGGCCCCAAUCUCUGUGCUGGGAGCCUGGCAGGGACUGCCUUAUGGCAGGGCUGCCCCUUGAUUUUCUCUUUGCCAGAGGGCAGCAGGAGCAGGUGGCUGGCACUGGCCUUGGCUUUCCUUCUGGAGCAAGAAUGAAAGGAUGAAAGGAAAGCCGCCUCUGGAGUAGAGCUGCUCUUGCUCCUCUCCGAAAGCCCUGAGCUUCCCCAGAGCAGAAUCUUGUUCUGUCCCUGCGAGGGAGGAUUCAGCCUGCCUGGGCCUCAGCUAGUGCCUGCUAGUCUUACAGGGAGGACACAAGUGCCCAUGGAGCUGGAUUGCCUUCCCAAAUGGGCCACACUCCCUCCAAACUCUGCAAGUCAUUGCUGAUCCUGGCUGAGUUGGAAGCAGCAGCAAAGCUGGAGUCACUUGGCCUGUCUCUGCAGAGUCCCAUUCCUCUCGGGCAGAAGUGUAAGAGCCUCAGAGCAGAAAGAAAAAAUGAGCUUCAAUGCAGCCCAAGGGUGGGCAGCUCAGGCAGCACCAGCGAGCUUCAAGGGCUCCUCUUCACAAAAGGCAGCCCUGCAGGCGCUGCUGAGGGCCCCCAAGGUGGGAGAGCUGGGCCCAGCUGCUGCCCUGGCCAGGGACAGCAGAGCCGUCACGCCAGGGGCAGCACGGGCAGCAACAGCCUGGGGCUUGCAGGGGGGCUUGCAGUUAGGGCUCAAGUCACCCAAGCCCUGCCCAGGGACAGCCUGACUGCUGAGGGGGAAGCCUGAAGAAAGGAUGGGCUGGCCCUGGAGUCUACUGCUGACCUGGGGGCACAGUCUGGUCUUGCAUCUUUGGCAUCCCUGAACUGGGCCCACUCCUUGGCUCUUGCCCUGCCCACUGGCUGGUCUGGCUGGGGCAUGGACAGAGAUGGCAUUUCAGUGUACAAAAAUUGCACCUUUCUAAGUAUUCUUUCAACAGGAGAAUUUCCUUUUUUCUUUUCUCUAUUUGGCAGAGACCUCAACCAGUGGAGUCUGCUGAUGAUCAACAGGAAGCAGUUCCAAAGAAAAGACUGCAUCUGGCCUAAGGAAGGAAACACACAUUUUGGGGUUUUCAGACUAAGAACUGUUGGAUGUUAAAUAAUUUUAGUUUGUAUUGGGUUUAGCUCUUGAUUGUUAAAAGAUUUGCUGUUUUCUGUAAAUAGACAAGUUGGUAGAGUUUGUUCAAGAAGGAGAAGUUUGUUUUCUGUUCAAGUUCCCAAUAAAAUUGUCUGAGCUUGUUCAAAAAUAGGUGUUAAGAUUAACAGAUUAAGGUUGAGCUGUAAAAUUCAGGAAUUGACAUUGGACUCUGUAAUUGCAGAAGAUGUAUUACUGAUACAUGUUAUUGGGAAGUGUUCUAUGAAAUUCCAAUGAGCAUGUUUGCCUGGUUUCGUGGGAGUUCUUGGACAGUGCAGUCAGUCAUGGAAUGCCACGGGGAAAGGGGGACCUCUCCUGGUCUCAUUUCUAGUCUCCUCAUGCCAAACCAGGAUAGGAUUCCAAAAGAUUUCUAGGAAUCUUCAGUUGUUGCGGACAGCCCCAGCUUGGCAUUUAAUGCAAUUCCUUUUGCUUCAAGUUGUGUUUAUAGCAAACUUGGACCUACAGGCUGGGAAACUGCCCCAAAUGUCUGUCAAAUGAUAUAAUCUUGCCUUCAUAUGGACAUGACAGCUUGACUCCAAUGUGCUGUAUCUUUCACAAAAACCAGAAACAAUGGCACAGACUGCAGGGCUUUGGGGAUGGCUGUUGGUGUGGUUCAUAGCCAGUUCUCCCGAGAUGUGGCUGUGCAGAACUUCUUGGCAUUUGGUAGCUCACUCUGAUGUCCAGGAGUCCUGGGAAGAGGCAGAAAUCUCCACAACUACACCAGGG